CGUCGCAUUCUAGUCGCUCUACCACGUAAUUUUGGCAGCUUUUCGCAGCUGUUCCACCGACGACCAAUCCGCGCACAUUAUCACCUGCUCCCUACCCACGAUUGUUCAUUCAGCUCGGCACCAUCAGCUGCUUGCUCCGUCGACCAAACCACGCACAUUAUUACCUGUUCCCUGCGCAUAAUACUCGACCAAUUCUAUCUCGCCGUCAUUCUACCUUACCUCGCCACCUUCCUCCUCUCGUACCCAGAGUUACCUUCCCUUACCAGGAACCAGAUGACAUGGCAUCUCCAUCUCGGAAACGCAGUCCAGGAAGCCUUCAAAAAGAGUGCAAAAUGAAGUCGAGAAGAGUAAAGCGCCCUGAGGAAGAAAUAGAAUGGGGGGAAUAUAGUACGAACUUCGAUACCUCAGGCAAAGGCGGGGGAGUAGAAGAGCUCCAUCGUUUUAUACAAGCGUUGGAUGGACGUUCUGCAUUUCCCAGUACACGACUAGGGAAUAGGGAAUAUGUUAUGAAGCAAGUCAGACCACUCACGAAGUUAGAUGGUCAAGAAAAGCUACAAAGCAUACUCCGACAGCCGUUUCCCCAGGAAGAUAUUAUUCUUCUAGAGGAUUCAGAUUCUCUUAGAGAUGCUCUGGAAGGGCCAUUUCAUGUUCCACUCCUACAUCGAACAACAGUUGACAGCCCGAGCCUUCUGAGCGGACGAUCAACGAUUUUGGACCUUAUCAGCCGCCUCUCUACAAGGAAAGAGUGCACAGUAUCAGUCUACGACUUCUCCAUUGAAGAUCCAGCCAAAAGAACUCGCCAGACUACCGUCGCUGAGCUCUCCUCACGAUUUCAAAGAAAGGAGGAGCGAUCACAUGGACAAGAUGAGAACAACCUAAUUCUCAACUUUCUGGAUAUUGAAAACAAUUUUCAGGUCCAAUACUGUCCUCCAAAUCUUCUAUACUCUGACCUGAGAACUAAGCUACGCGAUAGUAGCCUAGGAGAUAUAGGGAAGACUAAUUCAGACUGGAAACCAGUAUAUCAAAAGGAAUUUUUUAUACUGUCAACAGCAAACGCGAUUUCUACUGUUCAUGUAGAUACAGGCGGUACAGGAACAUGGGCUGGUAUUCUAUCAGGACGAAAGAUCUGGUAUUUCCCACGCCGUGUUACUACUCAAACAUUACGGCUCCUGGCAGAGCUUGGAUCAGUAUCUCCUGAGAUAUCUGAUGAGUGGAUCAAAGUUGAACUACGAGAGGGAGACUUUUUUGUCAUGCCGCCAAGUUUACCGCAUGCUGUAUUUACGCCAGAGGACUGUCUUAUGGUCGGCGGAACUUUCUACACAGCUGGAACUCUAGAUCAGACCCUCGAAGGCCUUGAGAUACAGGAGAAAUACCCAGAGAUAUCGAAUGAGGACCUAAAUGAUACUGUUUAUAACAGUCUUGAACAGAUCCUCAUCCACUGCAAUUUCAUGGAUGUCCAGAACAAAAUACGGAUAUUAGGUUGUCGCUCUCUUUUUACCAAAUGCUCAAAAGGAAAGGGUACAUCGAAACUCACGAAAAAGGAUAUUAUGGGACAUUUAACAUCUAUUGGCGUAAAGUUCAAUCCGGGCAAAAGAAAACAUGAGCUACUUCAGCUCUAUCGAAGUGCUACUCAGGGAAGUACUACUCAGGAAAGUGCUACUCAGGAAAGUACUGCUCAGACAGGUACAACUCUGAAAGCAUCAAGAGAAGAGUUUGUUGAAUCGCUUGAAAAGUUCUGCGACAAACUAAAAAAUGAAAUCAUGGGCGAAACAUAAGACAGGGGAUAAAUGACAGGUUUGGCUAUCAUGUUAUAGAGGUCUCUUAUUCAGGCGUUUUUUAGGAAUUUAGGCCAAUCAACAUUCCUCGU